AUGAGUACCAUCAACUCGCAGGAUGAUGAAGAUAGCUUUAAAAUACUUAUUGCUACUGAUAUUCAUCUUGGCUAUUUGGAGAAGGAUCCAGUCCGUGGGAAUGAUACGUUUGUGACUUUUGAUGAAAUUCUGAGCCAUGCUCAAAAAAAUGAUGUGGACUUUGUUUUAUUAGGUGGGGACCUUUUUCAUGAAAACAAACCUUCCAGAAAAACAGUACACUCUUGUGUGGAGUCACUGAGAAAAUACUGCAUGGGUGAUCGUCCCGUUCAGUUUGAAAUUUUGAGUGAUCAGGCAGUUAACUUUCAUUACAGCAAGUUUCCAUGGGUGAAUUAUCAGGAUAGAAAUCUCAACAUUUCUAUUCCAAUUUUUAGUAUUCAUGGCAAUCAUGAUGAUCCCACAGGGGCAGAUGCACUGUGUGCGUUGGAUAUUUUAAGCUGUGCAGGAUUGUUGAAUCACUUUGGACGUUCAACUUCUGUGGAGAAAAUAGAUAUUAGUCCCAUUUUAUUGCGUAAGGGUAGAACAAAAAUUGCUCUGUAUGGCUUAGGAGCUAUUCCAGAUGAAAGGUUGUAUCGUAUGUUUGUCAAUAAACAAGUAACCAUGCUGAGACCAAAGGAAGAUGAAGAUAGCUGGUUUAACUUGUUUGUGAUUCAUCAAAAUAGGAGCAAACAUGGAGCUACCAACUACAUUCCAGAGCAGUUUUUAGAUGACUUUAUUGAUCUUGUUGUAUGGGGUCACGAACAUGAGUGCAAAAUAGCUCCCUCCCAAAAUGAACAGCAAUGUUUCUUUGUUUCUCAACCAGGAAGUUCAGUGGUGACAUCUCUGUCCCCCGGAGAAGCCGUAAAAAAACACAUUGGUUUGCUGCAUGUUAAAGGGAAAGUGAUGAAAAUGCAGAAGAUUGCUCUAGAGACAGUGCGAACUUUCCACAUGGAGGAUGUUGUUCUAGCUGAUCACCCAGAUCUCUUUAAUCCCGACAAUCCCAAAGUAACUCAGGCAAUACAAGCAUUCUGCAUGGAAAAGGUUGAAUUGAUGCUGGAUGAGGCAGAAAGAGAACGCUUGGGAAAUCCACGCCAGCCAGAGAAGCCUCUGAUAAGAUUACGAGUUGAUUAUACAGGUGGCUUCGAACCAUUUAGUGUCCAUCGUUUUAGCCAGAAGUACAUGGAUAAGGUGGCUAACCCGAAAGACAUCAUACACUUUUUCAGGCAUCGUGAACAAAAAGAGAAAAAUGACAGCGAUCUUAAUUUUGGAAAACUGGUUAGCAGACCUGCUUCUGAGGGGAUGACACUGAGGGUGGAAGACCUUGUAAAGCAGUAUUUUCAGACAGCAGAGAAGAAAGUACAGCUUUCACUUCUAACUGAACGGGGAAUGGGAGAAGCAGUGCAGGAGUUUGUGGACAAAGAGGAAAAAGAUGCCAUAGAAGAGUUGGUGAAAUUUCAACUAGAAAAAACACAGAGAUUUCUUAAGGAGCGUCGCACUGAUGCAGAGGAAGAAAAGAUAGACGAGGAGGUACGAAAAUUCAGGGAGAGUAGAAAAAAGAAUAUCGAAGAAGAGGACGAGGAAGUUCGUGAGGCAAUCACCAGGGCUAGAGCCCACAGAUCUGAGGAUGCAGUUCUUGUCGCAGCCUCCAGUGAUGAAGAACUCAUGGAUACGGGGAUGAAAGGCACUGGUGAUUCCGAUGAUGGCCUUCCCGCAACAGUGAGCCGAGGAAGGGGUCGGGCAAGAGGUAGGGCAAGAGGUGCAAGGGGACAAAAUUCAACAGCAAGAGGUUCAUCUCGAAGGGGAAGAGGAAGCACUAGCCAAGAGUCAACUACUAGCAGCAGAAGCUACAAGCCUGUAUCUGUGCCUGCCAAGAACAUGUCUAUCAUGGAUGCCUUUAGGUCUUUGAAACCAGAGCUCUCCUUGAAUUCACCUAAAUCUUGCUCUGAGUUUUUUCAGGAUAUUAUAAAUGAUGACUCCGAUCUAGAAGACAUUUCUAUUGUUCCUUCUUCCAAAGUAAAUCAAAGAUUGUCAGCUACAUCUUCAUUUAGUAAAAGAGGUUCACAAAGCCAAACAUCUAGAGGAGUAGAUUUUGAGUCAGAUGAGGAAGAGUCUGAUCCAUUCAAAAGCACUGCAACAUCAAGAAGAACUAAGUGA